ACCUCGUAGUUUCUUUAUUCUUUUCCUUUUGAGCUUCGCCAUAAGCAAUGGCAUUCAACGUUUCCUUUUUUUCAUCCUUUAUCCUUCUUCUGUCAUCGCUAGUUAUUGCUUCUGCUAGGGAUUAUGAUUAUGGUUCUAAGCCAAACAAUAGUUAUGGCUCGACACCCAUAUCAGAAAAUGUCCCCAAGCUAGACAAUAACUAUGGCUCCACACCCACAUCCGAAAACGUCAAGCCUGAUCACGAAUAUGUCCAAAAAUCCAAAUCUAAUGAUGUCCCAAAAGAUGAGUACAACCUUGAACCAAAACCAAAUACUAUCAAGCCUGAAUACAAGUAUGAGGAACCUAAACCUGAUACUGCCAAACCUGAAAAUGUUUAUAUCCCCAAACCAAAAUCAGACAUCAUCAAGCCCGAAAAUGAGUGUAGCGCAAUACCUAAAUCAGACAUUGUCAAUUCUGAUAAUAACUAUAGCCCGGUUACUAAACCAGAUACCACAAAACCUGAUACCACAUAUUCUAAACCAAAAUCAGAAUAUGUCAAACCUAGUGAAGAAUAUGAUUCAAACCAUAAAUCACAUACCUAUCCUAGACCAAACUCAAGAUAUGUUAAACCUGAUGAAGAGUACAACCCAAAACCUAAAUCAGAUGUUGUCAAAUCCGACAAUUCAUACUCUAAACCAAAUCCAGAAUAUGUCAAAUCUGAUAAAGAGUAUAGCCCAAAACCUAAAUCAAAUAUUGUCAAACCCGACAACUCAUACCCUAAACCAAAUCCAGAAUAUGUCAAAUCCGAUAAAGAGUAUAACCCAAAACCUAAAUUAGAUAUUAUUAAACCCGAUAAUACCUCUCCUCAACCAGAGCAAGAGUACAUCAAAUCUAGUAAAGAGUACAACCCAAAAUCAAAAUCAAACAUUGUCAAACCCGAUGUCAUCUAUACUAAACCGAAGCCAACAUAUGUCAAAUCGAAUGAAGAAUACAAUCCAAAACCUACAUUAGACACUCCUAAACCCGAUGGAACUUAUUCUAAACCAGAGUUAGAAUAUGUCAAACCUGAUGAAAAGUACAACCCUAAACCUAAAUCAGACACUAUCAAACCCGAUAACAUUUUUCCAAAACCAAAGUCAGAAUAUACUAAAUCCAAUGAAGAGUACAAUCCAAAAUCUAAAUCAGACAUUGUUAAACACGACACCACUUAUUCUAGACCAAAGCUAGAGUAUGUCCAAUCCAAUCCCGAUAGCACUUAUCCUAAAUCAAAGUCAGAAUAUGUUAAACCUAAUGAAAAGUACAACCCAAAACCUGAAGUAGACACUGUCAAUCCUGAUAACACUUAUCUCACACCAAAAACAGAAUAUAUUAAAUCUGAUGAAGAGUACAUCCCAAAACCAGAGCAUGACCAAUCAAAAACUGACAAACUAAACUAUGAUGAUCUCCCAAAACCCAACCUUAAGAAACCUGACUAUUGGUAUAUCCCAAAACCUAACCUAAACCAUCCUAAGCUGACUGUCCCUAAACCAGACACUGUCAAAGAAGAUUAUGGGUAUGGCCCAAAACUAGAAAAUCCAUUCCAAGUUGGCAUUGAAGGGCUUGUCUUAUGCAAAUCCAGUUCGAGUUAUGUUCCUCUUGAAGGUGCUGUGGCAAGGAUAACAUGUUCAGUUAUGGACGAGAGUGGGCACAAGACAACACCUUUCUCUUGCUUGACUGGCGCAACUGAUACGAAGGGUUACUUCUUCAAGGCACUGUCUCUUUUUGGGCAUGAUGAUGAUUUGAAGUUGAUAGACUGUAAGGUUAAACUUGAAAAAUCUCCAUUGGAUACCUGCGAUAUUCCUACAGACGUAAACAAGGGGAUUACUGGUGCUCACCUUUCUUCUUACCGCAUCCUCUCUGACAAGAAGUUGAAGUUAUUCUCAGUUGGACCUUUCUUUUACACCUCAGAGCCCAAAUCAACUCCUACUACUGGUUACUAGAAUUGCUUUUCAUGUCGACAAAAUGUUUUUGUUUUUGUUUCGAGUUUUCCAGAAACGGAAUGGAUGUUGAAUUCAUACUGUUUGUUGUUGAUUGUAUUCAAUUUGGAUUUUCCCAUUUUCAUCAAAGAGUUUUGUAAUAAAUUCAUUAAUUUUUCAGAGUUAA